CAUUAACGCGAGACACUAGUGUAUUUUGUCGCACAUAUAUGAAGAACAUAUAAAUAAGUACUGUGUUUUUUAGGAGGGGCGUGUCUUCGGGAAGGGGGCGUGUCUCUUUCUUCCGCAGCAGAGCUCCAUCACAGUGAACGCAGGAUGGAACAGAUCCUCGGCCGCGCCAGCGCGCCACCCGGCCCGGUCCUGCAGGUGUGUUUCCCCAGCGUGCGCGCGUCGGUUCUGGAGAAUCUCAACCGGCAGCGCGAGGAGGGUCAGCUGUGUGACCUGUCCAUACAGGUGCAGGGUCAGGUGUUCCGCGCGCACAGGUGUGUGCUGGCCGCGUCAUCCCCGUAUUUCCACGACCAGGUUCUGCUGAAGAACGUCACCACCGUGUCUCUUCCCUCGGUCAUGGACCCGCUGGCCUUCGAGAGCGUCCUGAACUCCGCCUACACGGGGCAGCUCAGCAUCGUGCGCGACGACAUCAUCAACUACGUCACCGUGGCCAGCUUCCUGCAGAUGUGGCACAUCGUGGACAAGUGCACGGACAUCCUCAAGAGGUCGCGACCUCUAGCCCAGGUCAGCCCGGGCGGGGCGACCUCCUCGAGUCAUCAGUCGCCCAGCAGCUCCGACUGCUGCUUCGCCGAUCCGGAGGACGCCGCGGGCGAACAAGCUCUGGAGAAACGGCCGCAGAGCGCGCUUCCGCCUCUGGCCACAUGGAGGCGCCCUCAGCAGAGCAGGUGGAGCAGAAACACCCUGACCUUCCCCCUCCGAGCGGAGCCCGAAUGCGGGCCGAAUCCGCACGGAUGUGCCGUGGCGCCUUUGCCGUCCAUCGAAACGGACUUCGCCGCGAGGCACCGCAUCCGAGUCCGCCUGCGGGGGGCGAAAGAGGACGAGGAGCAGAGGAGGGUGGAGGCGGACGAAGGUGUCGGAGAGCUCGUGGAGGAGCACAAAGUGAGGGUGAAGUGUGAGGAGCACCAGGCCGGAGGCGUCGAGUCGGACGGACGUCUCAGAGAGAGCGAGAGCGGCCCGACGGACGGCCUGUGGCAGAACCUCGCCGAAUGGCCGUCGGACGGCAAACUGCUGGACGAAGACGAGGAGGACGAAACGCUGGAGACCUACGACGAAAUCGAGCAGGCGACGGGGCAGAUUUCGCAGCGUCCUCUGCUGCAGUCGUCCUCGUCCUCUCCGGGCUCUCCUCUCUCUGCGACGCCCAAAGUCCACUUCUGUCACUGCGGUAAAGCGUACACGCUGAAGAGCAUGCGCGACCGCCACGUGAAAAUGCAACACCUCAACCUGCGUCCGUUCGCCUGCCCCGUCUGCUCCAAGAGCUUCAAGAUGAAGCACCACCUGACCAAACACGUCAAGACGCAUGGAGGCAUGCGGCCGUACGAGUGCGCGCUCUGCGGGAAGAAGAUCGUCUGGAGAGACAGUUUCCUCAAGCAUCAGGCUCGCUGCCAGCAAACGUCCGCGGCGGCGUCUGGAUCUCAGCAGUACGACAGCGACGCAGCCGGACGAGUGAAGGUGGAGCAGGACGAUUACUCGUUACAGGAAGAGGAAAUGCUCUCUUAAAAGUGAAGGUUCCUGUAAAAGAUGCCAUAGAACCACCAUUCUGGUUCCCCAAAGAGCCUUUCAGUGAAACGCUCUUAAAGGGAUAUUUCACCCAUCAUUUACUCUCCCUCGUGUCGUUCCAAACCUGUAAGAUCUUCGUAACACAACUGAAGAUAUUAGUAAUGAAAUCUGAGAGAUUUCUGUCCCUCCGUUGAACCUUAUUUUAAAGCGCUAGAGAAAUCUCUUAGAUUUCAUCAAAAAUAUCUUAAUUUGUGUUCUGAAGAUGAAGGUCUUACGGGUGUGGAACGACAUGAGGGAGAGUAAUUAAUGACAGAAAUUUCAUUUUUGGCUGAACUAACCCUUUAAGUCAUUCUACAAUGAUUUUUAAGAACAUUCUUUUCAGGAAUUCAAGUUCUUCUUAACAACAAUCAAAUAAGAAUGUUCUUAAGACAUGAAACCAGUGUUUUUUAAUGCACUGAUCAGCUUGGAGAACUUAAAUACGAGCGAAAUCUGCUGAACUCUUUCAGAUGGAAGCUCUUUUUUCCGCCACACAAAUCUAAUGGUAAAUCAUAAUUAUGAUAGAAAAAGUCGAAAUUAUGGCGUCAUAAUUCUGACAUAAAAAGUUGAAACUAUGACAUACUAAAAUUUUAAGAUCAAAAAGUUUAAAUUAUUUUAAAAAAAUUAUAAUUCUCGAAUCUCGAAAUUGACAAAGUCAGAAUUAUGAGAUUAUGACGCCAUCAUAAGUCAUAAUUUCAACUUUGUCAUACUUUCGUAGUUUCAAGUCAAUUUAGAUUUAAGUAAUAAUUUCGAUUUGGCGUGUCAUUAUGAUUAAUUGUUUUUCUUCUGCGGUGGAAAUGGGUUUCCAUAUUUUCACCUCAUGCGUGGAACGACUGGAUUUCGUCAAGCGAAGGUAAACGUGCCGUACCUCUAGUGUGAAAACAAUUAAAAAAUCUUAGGAGCCACACGUUUUUGCGGUUAAAAAUGCAAAACGCAGAGCAGUGGAGCAAAAAACAAGCUCUAGAGAAAAAUAAUUUGAACUGUCAUGUUCUUUACAGUGGAGAAAUGUUCUUUUGAGAACGGUUUACUGAAAGGUUCUUUAGGGAACCUAAAAAUAAAGGUUCCAAAAAUUAUUUUUCCCACACAGCAAAAUCCCCAGAGUUAAUCAACUCUGCUCAGAGUACAUUUGGUCUCUAAAUAGUG